CGGCUAUUUCGCAACCUGUUCGAUCCUCAUGUCAUGACCCGCCAGCCAAUCAGCACAGGCCCAGUGCCUCUUAUCCAGCCAGCUGCAGGUCUCGCUCUUCUCCACUCCACUGUACUUUACUUUAGUCCACAAGACCACGAUUAGGCCCCUCUGACACAAACAACGAGAGAACGGAUCUCAUUCCCAGACUUGACUGUGACACCUGAAGGAGCGAUGAGCGAGUGUGACGGCCUUUUUGUGCUGAAAGUCCUGUUCUGUUUGCUCCUAACGUGUCACGCCGUAGAUGGAAGGAAGAUGAGAGGACAUCCAGCCGACGUGGCCGUCCUGGGAGACAAGAGGGUCUCUGUGAAGGCAAAAGAGCCCCACGUCAGCAGCUCGGUCUUCCAGCUAUUGGUGGCGAGGGGGGACACCUGCACACUGGAGCCGCCGCAGCUGCACGGCCUCUCGUCCUGCGGCUUCAACGCCACUAAUCCCCUCAUCAUCAUCACUCACGGGUGGUCGGUGGACGGCAUGAUGGAAAACUGGGUGAUCAGGUUGGCCUCCGUCCUCAAGACUCAUCUGCGAGACGUCAACGUCGUGAUAACCGACUGGCUGUCCCUGGCUCACCAGCACUACCCCAAAGCGGCUCACAGCACGCGUGCGGUUGGAAAAGACAUUGCGCAUCUGUUGUCCUCACUCAAGGAGAACUAUGACUAUUCAUUCCAGAAGGUUCAUUUGAUUGGUUAUAGCCUCGGCGCUCACAUCUCUGGAUUUGCUGGAAGCCACUUUAAAGGACGAGACCAAAUCGGAAGAAUUACUGGUCUGGAUCCGGCCGGGCCAUUGUUUGAAGGCAUGUCGCCAACGGACAGGCUGUCGCCCGACGAUGCCGAGUUCGUGGACGCCAUUCACACGUUCACCCACGAGCGUCUGGGCCUCAGUGUGGGCAUCAAGCAAGCUGUGGCUCAUUAUGACUUUUACCCCAAUGGGGGUGACUUCCAACCUGGAUGCCACCUGCACAACAUCUACGAACACGUCUCCCAGUACGGCCUUCUUGGCUUUGGGCAAACGGUCAAAUGCGCGCACGAGCGCUCUGUGCAUCUGUUCAUUGACUCAGUGCUGAACGAGGACCGUCCGAUCAGAGCGUACAGGUGCAGCGACAACCGGGCCUUUAACAAAGGCGUCUGUCUGGACUGCCGAAGAAACCGCUGCAACACGCUGGGCUACAACAUCCAAAAAGUCCGAACGGGAAAAAGCAGCAAGAGGCUCUACCUGCAAACACGCUCCAGGAUGCCCUAUAAGCUUUAUCACUACCAGCUGAGGAUUCAGUUUGAGCAGCCCAUGCAGAGCACCAUGCCUUCUCUCAGCAUCUCCCUCACUGGUACCAAAGAGGAAAGCGGAGCACUCCCUCUCGCCUUCACGGAGCAGGUUCUGGGGAAUAAGACGUACACCUUCCUGAUCACCAUGGACAAACAUUUGGGGGAUUUGAUGUUGCUCAAGUUCCACUGGGAAGGUUCGGCUCUGUGGAAAGACGUGUGGAACAGAGUGCAGACCAUCAUGACGUGGGGUGGACGGGACACCAAACCACUGCUGACUGUGAGCAAAAUCAGCGUCAAAGAUGGCGACGCACAAGAACGGACAUCUUUUUGUGCCAUGACAAAUGACGAACGGGAUGUAGAAAUGUCCGAAGUUAAAGUGUUUGUGCGUUGUCAACAAGAGCCAGGAAUGAAGCACAAGAAGAGGACGCACACGUAACUACCCAGUCAGCAAAAUUGGUCCGGCCCAGCUCUGGGGCAGACAGGGCACGUACACUCGGCCCACAUAACUCAAUGAAUGACGGUCCUGCAGUGGCCCACGUCAGGCAUUCAUGAUGUGGGCCGCAUUCGGCCCAGAUCUGAGCCGCAUUGUAAAACCAGAUCUGGCCCUACCCGACCCGACGCUGGGCCAGAACAGAUUCCUGAUAUCAGCCUGAAUUCAACCUCAACUAAGCCACAUCUUUCAUGAGCCAUAUUUGACCCACAUUAAAAAAAAAAUCUCUAAAACAACUGUUAUAAAAA